AUGUCCUCUGUUACUUCUACUUCUUCUGCCUAUUCCUUCAAAUACUUCCCACGUUGCGGUCAAUGGACAAAAGAGAUGCAAAUGGAGUUGGAUGAGCAUUCCCGUCAAAUGGCAAAGCUUAUGAUCCACGUUCAAGGACUUUACCAAAACAAGAAGCAAUUGAAGAAGGAUCAGCAGAGAGAGGAUACUGAUGCCGAUUGUAUGAUUCACCCAGAAUCUCCUAUCUCUACUCAAUCAUCUUCUUCUGAAGCCUCAUCAGUGUCGACGUCGCCACAACCAGGAAUCCAGAAUCACUUCUACCAGGAGGAGCUACACCAACAAUUCCAACUGAUGCCAAUAGAUCAGUUCAACCUACCAGCCAACUACACUGUCCACUUUCAGCCAAUUCAAUACACUGCAGAGGGAUACGAACGAAACGGAUGCACUUAUUUUCACUAUUAA